CAGCCGGGAAGCGGAGCGCGGAGGCCGCCGGGACGCGUUUCAGCUCCUUCCCUGAGGCCGGCUCUCGUCCCGUCAGGCGCCGCGCGGGGUUAGCGCGGGGUCAGCGGAGGUCAGCGGGGGUCAGCAGCGGCGGCUCCGAGGUCGCGGCGGUCGCAGGAUGUACACGCUGCUGUCGGGCUUGUACAAGUACAUGUUUCAGAAGGACGAGUACUGCAUCCUGAUCCUGGGCCUGGACAAUGCUGGGAAGACGACCUUCCUGGAACAGUCAAAAACCCGGUUUAACAAGAACUACAAGGGAAUGAGUCUAUCCAAAAUCACCACCACCGUGGGUCUAAACAUUGGCACUGUGGAUGUGGGAAAGGCUCGGCUCAUGUUCUGGGACUUAGGAGGGCAGGAAGAGCUGCAGUCUUUGUGGGACAAGUAUUAUGCAGAGUGUCACGGCGUCAUCUACGUCAUUGACUCCACCGACGAGGAGAGGCUGGCCGAGUCCAAGCAGGCGUUCGAGAAGGUGGUGACCAGCGAGGCGCUGUGCGGUGUCCCUGUCUUGGUGCUGGCCAACAAGCAGGAUGUGGAGACGUGCCUCUCAAUCCCUGACAUCAAGACGGCCUUCAGCGACUGCACCGGCAAGAUCGGCAGGCGGGAUUGCCUGACCCAGGCCUGCUCGGCCCUCACGGGCAAAGGGGUGCGCGAGGGCAUCGAGUGGAUGGUGAAGUGUGUCGUGCGGAACGUGCACCGGCCGCCGCGGCAGAGGGACAUCACGUAGGCGCGGCCGCGCUGCCGUCGGGACGGCUGGUGCCCGGUGCUGGAGGAGUGGCCUGUUGGCUGCUCGUCUGGGGGGUGGGUUUGCUUUGCUUUGGGGUUCUUCCAUUUCCUUUGUUUUCUCGAAGACAAACUUUCCUCUACGUCUGGAAAAGUGUAGGCCUCGGAGGUUUUGGAGGGGAGUCUGGCCGCCCGGCUAGCGCCCUCUGGCGGCAGCCUUUCCAUGGGGCGCUGCGGUGGCCUUUCUGGGCCCUUUCGGGGGGGUCUGAGGGAGACCUGGUUGGGAAUUGGGGCUCCAGUGCUCAGGCUGGCUUGGACUGCCUGGGGACAGCCCUGUGGGGCCUUUGGGAGAUUCCGUGGCUGCAUGUCCACCCCAUCGAGAAGGAGGCCAGUCAGCUAUGGCUGCCCUCUGGCUUGUGCCCCGUGACCCUGGAGGUGGUCUGGGGCUGAUCUUGCCUUAAGGAAGACCCAGGCCAUGUCCCCAAAGGCCAGCGGGGGCCCUGGAUUCUGAUGCAGCCUCGGGACAGAGCCGAGGAGGCCUGUGAGGGAAGACAUACACUCCGCACCUGAGCCUGGCUUUGCCUCAUCUUAAUCCCCUGGGAGGGAGCUGAUGCAAAAAAGCUGAGGGGGCCUCUGCUGGGAGUGGCUGUUUUUGUGCCCCAGCCCUGCAAGUGGGGAGUGUGUGGGGGGGUCCAGAGCCCUCUCCCAGCCAGGAGAGAACCUCCUGGAGGGGUUCUCUGGGGGGCCCUGUGUCAGUGCUGUGCGGGGCCUGCGUCCCCUGCUUGGGAGUGAGGCUGAUCCUGGGGCCCUCCCUGCACAGCCGCCACUGGGCCUGCUGAGCGCUGUUCUUCCUCAGUCUGGCUGUGGGCAGGAGCCGCCUGCCCAGUGCUGCCCAGAGUGAGUGCAAAAUAAAGACGGCAAGUGUGGGUCUGUCCAUCCCUUCCCUCCUGGAGGGCUGAGGCUUGGCUCCUGGAUGUUGGACACGG